AUAUCUUCGCUUCCAUCAUGCCACAUGUGUUCGAUUUAAACAAGGCAUGUCAUUUUUGAUAAAGGAUAGUGAAAACUUUUCUGUCCUGGCUGACAACUUGCAUUAAAGGCUUCAUGAAGUUCACAGAUGCUGACACACUCCUGAGACUUCUUUCGUACUGAGCCUUAAAACACAUGGGAUAUGUAGUUCCAGCUUCAGCAUUCCCUAUUUCCUAGAAGGCCGUUAAGACAACAACUCCCAGAAUCCCUCACUGACCUGUGCACCGCUUACACAGACCGGCUGGAGUCCAGCCUUCGGGUGAUUUCCCUGCGCUGAGAGAUGAGUUGGAUCUGUCCUGCACUGCAACCUGUUUCUUCCAUUAAGUCAGCAAAGCAGUCAGUUGAACAUUGCGAUGUUUUUAGUUCCCACGUCACAACAGCCUGCGAACUCGUGUCUGCUGCUAAUUACCUCAGCUGGGGGCCGAGGGGAGAUCUGGCGGGUGAAGGAUUGCAGGGAGACUGGAGCCUAUUCCAGGGGACUCGGGGAACAAGGUCUCGGGGACAUCCUGGAUGGGGUGCCAACCCAUUACAGGGCACAAUCGCGCACACACCCAGUCACAGUACAGACAAUUUGGAAAUGCCAGUCAGCCUACAACACAUGUCUCUGGACUGUAGGAAGGAAACCAGAGUACCUGGAGGACACCAUGCAAGGAGAACAUGCAUUGGAGAGCUUUGUGGACACAAGGCAGAAGUGGGACACGAACUGCCAACCCCAGAGAGCCAUGGCUACAUUGCGCUUUGGGCAUAACAUUAUAAAGGCAUCAGCUGUGUUUCUACAAACAGACCUGUCCUUCGCUCUGGUUAAUCGGAAACCUGUGGUGCCUGGCCAUGUGUUAGUAUGUCCCGUAAGGCCGGUGGAGCGUUUCCGUGACCUGCGGCCUGAUGAACUGGCAGAUUUGUUCAGCACCACGCAGAGAGUGGCCAACGCUGUAGAGAAACACUUCAGUGCCUCCUCCUUGACCAUCGCUAUCCAGGAUGGACCCGAGGCCGGACAGACGGUGAAGCAUGUGCACGUCCACGUGCUGCCGAGGAAGCCUGGAGACUUUGAGAGGAACGACAGCAUCUACGAUGAGCUCCAGAAACAUGACCGUGAAAGUGAAGACAUUCCGUCCAAAUGGAGAUCGGAAGAGGAGAUGGCGAAGGAGGCGAUGGAGCUGAGAGGCCUCUUCAGUUAGUUUCUCUUGGCAAAAACCUCUGUAUAAUGUAAACAUGGUCCAAUUAGUAUUUCUUAGAAAAGCAGUUACAUAUUCUCUAUAACUGUCUUCAGGUGGCCUCUACGCAUGCUAAGGAAAAUCGCUCAUUAUGUGGUUUCGCAAUUGUUUGGCUUUAACUAAUGAUCGGGCUUUGGUUUAAAAAAGUGUCUUAUUAGUUGUGCAUUAUUUUUCUGCAUUAAAAAAAAAGAAGAAAAAAAGCUGCAUUUAUGUUUCAAAGCACAUGGCAGUGUUUCCAAAAGGUACAUGCAGCCACAAUUUUUCUUUUAAAACAUUUUUCCAAUAUGGGUUGUUCAAUAUGAUUAAGUGUAUGACUAAUACUCAAGGCUGCAUAUCUAUAAACAUCCUGCUUUUUGAUUUUAAAAAGCACCACCUAUUAUCCUUAAAGAGGGUAUAACUUUUAGAAAAGAUUUCAAGUAGAAAAGCCUUUUAGGAAGGUAACCAUUAACCAUCUCAAGAACCUUUGUAGAAACCAUAUGUAAAGCAGUCUGGAUGUUGCUGUAGCUGAAUUCUGGCAAAAAUAAGACAAAUAAUAAGGUCAAACUUAUAACAUAAUUUGCAUCUCUACUUAAAAACAUAAAUUCUGUAUAUUUGACCAUUACAUGGAUCAUGUUGGUUGACAAAAUAGUCCGGAUGCCUAAAGAUGGCUAAGACCUUGCUAGCUAAGUGUAUGUCAUAUUUUGACCAAGUUGUUGGAUAUCUACAUGCCAUAGUGAAAUCCUGAUCGAAUCAGUUUGUAAUCAGAUACUGACUGUCAGUAUGUCUGUGAUGCUCCUACAGUGCAUUCAUAAUGAAAUCUUUGAAUGCAAAUCCAUCCCUAUUUGCACUUUCGCAUGGAACCAGACUUCUGCAACUUACAACUUCUGCAAACUACAUACAUAAAGAGUCUACUAUGUGUCUAUAAGAGCAAUAAACAUCUUUGUAUAGCUAUUCAAGGAAGAAUAUAACACAAGUAAGCGUGCUUCCCAAUACACAGUGCACUGUACAGUAGAAUAGGUUUAGUCGAUCAAAUAUGUUGGUCUGUCCCAGUCUAGGACAUUAUAUAUGUCAGGCCUGCCUACUGUUACAGUUGGAGGCACUGACGAUCAAAAGCAGCCCAUUUAUACAUAAGGGGGAGAAAUGCCCUUCAUUUUAGCAUGGAUUAACGUGGUGCUGCAGAUAUCCUGAAAUGGAAAUGUCAUCCUCUUGGAGAAACCAUAAUUCGACCAGUAAAAAUGCUCAUAAUAAAUGAUCUAUUAAGAAUCGACACCAGCAACCUUGUGCAUGAAUGUUUUAACAGCUCAAUUAUUCAAAUACAGUGCUGGUUUCCUCUUUAAAUCAACAGUAAGCUGGCCAGUUUCUUAUGGUAUUGUGUAGGGUAUUUUGCAAGACCUAAACAGUAAAUAACCUCCAUUAUCCCCUUGACCAGUACAGCAAAGUGUGUUCUUGUGUUACUUUGAUUGAUUAUUUGUUCUUUGUGCCUGGCCGUGCAGUCGGUACACAACGUGCCCCCUUCCUGCCUUUAGUACAUUCAUUUCUCUGAAAACCCCCAUCAAGGUUUUAUGGAGAUCAGUACGAUUAAGUAGCACAUUUAUUCCACAGCCCAGCUCUCUGAUAUGCAAUGCAAAGGCAUCUCACUUUCUGUUUGUUAUUCAUGAGUGUCCUGAGCUACAUUUCAUUACUAAUCCCAUUGGCAUCAUGUAAAUCACUGAAAGUAACCAUAUUGGGAUUUUUGGCUUAUUCCCUAAGCAGAUGUGUCAUCCUGUCAGUGAGGAAAAUGGGCAAAAUAAGAUUUCAAAACCCAAGGUGCUUUCGAAAAAGGUCAGUCAUCCGUCUGUAGCCGGUAAACCAUCUGUUACACAAUCCGUCGUUCAAUUUAAAUAAGGUUCAGCCAGAGGUAGGACACAUGGCUCAGGUAAAGUAAGAAACACAGCAAUCGUUAUUAAUUUGUGUACUGAUUUCUUAGCACGGCGUCAGAUACCGGAAGGUUAAACUGUACAGAUGUAGUGCCUAUUAUGCUUCAAAGUAUCAGUGUUUAAAUUGAUUCGCAGAAAUGCUGACAAACGCAACAAUAAGCCAAACACAGGAGGAAAUGCCAUUUGCCUUGAAUAGUCCUUUAUUGCGUAAAUAUAUUGUUAGUUAUCCCAGAUCUGCAGCAGCACACUCGAGGCUAUUAUGGCUCAUAUUCUUUUAUCAAUGUGGAAAUAAAAUGAUCUUGACUUGCCACUUAUUCAUCGGGAAAGGGAAAUACAAUUCUGGCAGAGUGAUGUACGCCUUCCAGUAAUCAAGUUGUAAAAAAAAAGGCCCCAUGAAUUUCAGGAAAUGUUAUUGAGAGGUUUCCUUUAGAGAGAUGUCUUGGAGAGUUUGGGGCUGAUCUAUCACUCAUGCACCUAUCUGAAACAUACAGGAAGAUAUCAAAUCCACAGCAUAAAUUACCCUUGCGACCAAGGCUUGCUGUCUUCAUUUGAACUUCUAGUUCUCCUCAGCUAAACAUGGGCAUUAUCCUUGGCCUUGACAUGGUGUAAUUGCUUCCUACCUAUUACAAUGUCAUAUCCUGAAAGCAUGCUGGAUGUAAUGAGCUCUUAGAAAUGAAUCAUACAUACAUUGCUUAUGGCAUGGCAUUUUAAUUAAAGUGACUUCCAAGAUAAUAUUGAGUGCAUGUUUCUGCAAGGGCAUUAUUUACAGAUCUCUACAGUAAUUACCUUCCUGAUAUAGCUAUGGGUCAGUAAGAGCACUACACCUCUUAGUGAUAGUCAAGCAUGUCUACAUGAUACAACAUUAGAUCAUCUUUGGAAGAAUGUAAAUACUUGGGCUACAACCCAUUAGCCAGUCGAUUGUAUUUAUUACCGAGUACAAGCUCAGAAAAAGCUAAUUACUACUGAUCAUAAAAAAACCUGAUCAAAUCACCUGCCAACUUGUCAUUAUGAGACUCAUUGACUCUGUUCAGACUUGGUGUGAGCUGUAAGUUGUGGUUAUGAAGGCUUGACGCAAGGGCAUAAACUCAAUGUGUGUUUUAUUAGGGUGAAUCUGAAUCUUAUGAUCAGAUAGGGGUCCAUGAUAGGGGUCAAAACACAGGUACACAGUGUUACAGGAUAACAAUCCAUAUUCACAAUCAGGGAACACAGGUGAACAUCAAAAAACCUGGAGGAACAGGAACAACAGGACAGAAGAAACCAAACUAAUCGAGCCGAGACACGGAACAGGUGAACACAUUAGGGUAAUCAAGCAACGUCACCAAAACCAAAACCAAAGCACACUGAGAAAACACAAAACAAAACACCACAAGCAUUACUCGCCACACUGGGAGAGGGAAUUCAUGACAGAAACCCCCAGCAUUUCAGUACUGUAAGGGUUGCCAAAUCUACCAAACGCAACCUAAUACCAUUUGAAAACCUGGCCCACAGAACUAGCCCAAUACUAUAACUUAAAUGACAUAUUUAGUCAACAAG